CCGACCGGAAGAGAGACGUUUGCGGUCCUCUAUUGACGCCUUUCAUUGCCUUUUUUUUAAUUUUGUAAAACUACUCGCUCCUGCCGGCCAAGAAUUCACUCACUGUGUAUUUUCUUUUCAAAGGAACAACAAACGUCACAGUUUGUCGUCAUGACAGAGGACCGGCUCCUUUAGGUACACGUCUCCAGGUGUGGGCGGGACCUAAGUAAGGCGAGCAGCGCCAUGAGGUGACGACCGUGACAGCGUGUGCUUAGCGCCUCUGUGGACACAUGGCAAGGAUCACUUUGUGGUGCCUGCCGGCGUCCUGGUACUGCAGCGUGGCCCCCAGACAGAAGCUGCUCCUCAUCCUGGCCACGUCUGCCCUGCUGCUCUUGGGGUCCUACCAGAAGCAUCUGUGGGGCCUCCAGAGGCCACACGGGGCCCGGGUCAGCAAGUACCUGUCCAGCGUGGAGUCCAUGGAGGCCACGGACGUCCUGGACCCCGCCCUCAACUACGGCGUGGUGGUGGACUGCGGCAGCAGCGGCUCCCGCGUCUUCGUCUACUAUUGGCCGCCGCACAACGGCAACGCCCACACGCUGCUGGACAUCCGCCAGAUGAGAGACCUCGACCGAAAACCCGUCGUCAAGAAGAUCAAACCAGGAAUCUCCACGCUGGCGACGGCGCCGACGCAGGCCAGCGACUAUCUGCAUCCUCUGCUCAGCUUCGCCGCCGCCCACGUGCCUAGAAGCAAGCACAAGGAGACGCCGCUCUACAUCCUGUGCACGGCGGGCAUGAGGCUGCUUCCUGACAGCCGGCAGGCGGCCAUCUUGGAGGACCUGGUCACCGACGUGCCGCUGGACUUUGACUUCCUGUUCUCCCGCUCGCACGCCGAGGUCAUCUCGGGGAAGCAGGAAGGCGUCUACGCUUGGAUCGGCAUCAACUUCGUGUUGGGGCGCUUUGACCACGCCGACGAGGGCGAGGACGCCACAGUGGAGGUGACCACGGGCUCGCAGCACCAACGGCCAAUCAGCCGGCGCCGCACGGUGGGCAUCAUGGACAUGGGCGGAGCUUCGUUACAGAUUGCCUACGAGGUGCCCAGCGCCCUCAGCUUCAGCUCCCCGCAGGAGGAGGAGGCGGGUAAGAGCGUGCUGGCGGAGUUCAACCUGGGCUGUGACGUGGAGCACACCCAACACGUGUACCGGGUCUACGUCACCACCUUCCUGGGCUACGGAGGCAACAUGGCCCGCCAGCGCUACGAGGACCACCUGCUCAACAGCACGCUGGCCCACAACAGGUUGCGGAGCACUCAGACGGGCGCGACGGAGGACACCCCCUACCUGGACCCCUGCCUGCCCUCGGCCUUGUCGGAGCGGGUGGUGCGAGACAACCGCACGCUGCACCUGCGGGGUCAGGGCGACUGGGCCCGCUGUCUGGGCGCCAUCACACCCUUCCUGGGCCUGCACAACGCCACCAUGUAUCAGGCGCCCAUCAACUUCAGCAACAGCGAGUUCUACGGCUUCUCCGAGUUCUACUACUGCAUGGAGGACGUGCUGCGCAUGGGCGGACAUUACGACAGCGCCAGAUACUCGCGCGCCGCCACGGACUUCUGCGCCACCAGGUGGUCGACGCUGAAACGACGUCUGGACAACAAGCUCUUCUCCCAGCAGGCGGACGUCAACAGACUCAAGUCUCAGUGCUUCAAGUCGGCCUGGAUGUACCAGGUGCUGCACGCCGGCUUCCGCUUCCCCGCCGACUACCGCAGCCUGAGGACGGCCCAGCUGGUCUACGACAAGGAGGUCCAGUGGACUCUGGGCGCCAUCUUGUUCAAGACCCGCUUCCUGCCUCUCAGAGAUCUCCAGCAGGAGGCGCUGCGUCAGAACCAUCCCAGCUGGCUGCGCUCCUCCUUCCUGUACAACCACCACCUCUUGUCCCUCUGCAUACUGGUGGUGCUGCUCGCCAUCCUGCUCUACAUCCUGCGCCUGCGACGCAUACACCAGCGCGAGCAGCGGCAGAUCGACGCCCUCGACCUCCUCUGGGCCGAGGAGGGCGAGACGCUCCUGCCGUGAGGACGCCAACGCAAGGACUUUGACGGCCAUCAUCUACUAGUGAUGGUGACACUGAUGACAUCAUCUACUAGUGAUGGUGACACUGAUGACAUCAUCUACUAGUGAUGGUGACACUGAUGACAUCAUCUACUAGCGAUGGGGGACACUGAUGACAUCAUCUACUAGUGAUGGUGACACUGAUGACAUCAUCUACUAGUGAGGGUGACACUGAUGACAUCAUCUACUAGUGAUGGUGACACUGAUGACAUCAUCUACUAGUGACACUGAUGACAUCUACUAGUGAUGGUGACACUGAUGACAUCUACUAGUGAGGGUGACACUGAUGACAUCUACUAGUGAUGGUGACACUGAUGACAUCAUCUACUAGUGUUGGUGUCACUGAUGACAUCAUCUACUAGUGAUGGUGACACUGAUGACAUCAUCUACCAGUGAUGGUGACACUGAUGACAUCAUCUACCAGUGAGGGUGACACUUAUGACAUCCUCUACUAGUGAUGGUGACACUGAUGACAUCAUCUACUAGUGACACUGAUGACAUCUACUAGUGAUGGUGACACUGAUGACAUCUACUAGUGAGGGUGACACUGAUGACAUCUACUAGUGAUGGUGACACUGAUGACAUCAUCUACUAGUGUUGGUGUCACUGAUGACAUCAUCUACUAGUGAGGGUGACACUAAUGACAUCCUCUACUAGUGAUGGUGACACUGAUGACGACAUCUACUAGUGAUGGUGACACUGACGACAUCAUAUACUAGUGAUGGUGACACUGACGACAUCUGCUAGUGACAGUGACGUUAUCUGCUAUUGAUGACAUCAUCUGCUAGUGACAGUGAGCUCAUUUGCUAGUGAUGAUGACAUCAUCUGCUAGUGACAGUGACGUCAUCUGCUAGUGAUGAUGACAUCAUCUGCUAGUGAUGAUGACAUCAUCUGCUAGUGAUGAUGACAUCAUCUGCUAGUGACGUGACAUCAUCUGCUAGUGACGGUGACCUCAUCUGCUAGUGACAUCAUCUGCUUGUUACGUGACAUCAUCUGCUAGUGACGGUGACCUUUUCUGCUAGUGAUGACGUUAUCUGCUAGUGACGACAUCAUCUGCUAGUGACGGUGACCUAAUAUGCUAGUGAUGAUGUCAUCCUGCUAGUGAUGAUGACAUCUGCUAUUGAUAGUGACAUCAUCUGCUAGUGACAGUGACCUAAUCUGCUAGUGAUGAUAUCAUCUGCUGGUGAUGAUGUUAUCUGCUAGUGACGGUGACCUCAUCUGCUAGUGAUAAUAUCAUCCUGCUAGUGAUGAUGACAUCUGCUAGGGAUGAUGACAUCAUCUGCUAGUGAUAUAUCAUCUGCUGGUGAUGACAUUAUCUGCUAGUGAUGAUGACAUCUGCUAGGGAUGAUGACAUCAUCUGCUAGUGAUAUCAUAUCAUCUGCUGGUGAUGACAUUAUCUGCUAGUGAUGAUGACAUCAUCCUGCUGCCAUACUUGAAUGACCAAACUCAACAUUUGUGUUUACUACUGAAGUACAAAAAGACUUUCUGUGGACAACUUUGAAUACUGUGAAGUCCUGCAGGACGCCCAAGAUGGCGUCAACAACUGGUCUGACCCCGCCUCCUUCCCGUCAGUCAAGUAGACUUCCUUACCAAACUUUCCACUGUUGUAAAGGGGACCAAAAUCUCGCAUCCGGACCACUUUUUAGCGGAGCAAACACUGCAUAAAGGGGCGGAGCUAGCCACCGUGCAGUGUGUCGAUUGGUGGACAGAACGCUCACUUCCUGUCAUAAACAUUUCUUUCCUGCCGUCCUUUGACGUGAGCAAAGUGCAAUACAGAUUUCACAAUAAAAGUUGUUUAUUACUAA